AUGCACACCCCAACCAUCCUCAUCAUCGCGGCCGCCGCCAGCGCCGCCGUCGCCGCGCCCGUCACCACUGUCAAGCCUACCGACUCAACCAACCCUACCAAACCUACCAACCCUACCAACUACAACGCCCCCAUCGCCAAGGCACUUGUCUCAGCCGGCAUGGUCGACACAGAAGGCCACUGCAUGCACCCUCUGCACGACGGCCUCGCGUAUCCACCGCGUGCCGCCCUCUAUGCUGCUGACGCCGCCGCCGCUGACUUCGCUGCCGCUUCUGUCGCUGCCGCCCAGGCGGAAGAGGAAGAGACACAAGAGCAGUACAACAAGAAGCUUGUCAAGAUGGACAAGGCUCUCUGGCGCAUCUACACGCCCCCUGGCGAGUUGCACGAAGGAAGGGUGAUUUACAUGAGAGAUUGGGAGAAUAUUGAGGGAUACACGGCAUGGCGUUAG